GCCUUCACGACUCUCGAAACUCUCGAUAUACACCUUUUAGGGUUAUCAGAUUCCUCAGAUCCUCGCCAUGGCGUCUGCAGCAGUAGGAACGAAGAGGUCCUUCGCCGCCAUGAGCGAGGAUAGCCGUUCACCCACAAGUGCGCUGUCGACCCUGCAUGAUGUGAGCAUGUCUGGAGUUCAUUAUUCGCGCCAGCGACUUAAGCCAAACAUCGAGGAGUCAUUAACAUCCAUGACUUCAAGCGCCCGCUCUACCCCACGACAUACACCAGUACCAACUUCACCACCCGGCGAAAUACGUCGUGUGUUCGAGCCAGAUGCAUCCAUUGUGCUUAUUGGUAUGCGUGGCACUGGCAAGUCGACCCUGGCUGUUAUAGCAUCCAUGGCUUGUCGGCGACGUGUCGUAGAUAUCGACGACCUCUUCCAGGAAGCAACAGGCUUCUCUACUGCCAAAUACCGCAAACAGUUCGGCGCAUCCAAUCACAAUCUGCGACAAGAGGAGCUCUUGCGGACUGCUCUUCGAGCACACGACAAGGGAGCAAUCAUAGUCUGUAAUGGGGGUUCUUUAGAAAGGAAUGGGCAGCUGCUCAUGCAGGAGUUUGCUGGGACGCAUCCGGUGAUCCACAUUGUGCGAGACCUACACAGCAUACACGAAUACCUUGGAGGAGUUGAGCUCCGCAGACUGAGGGACAUGCUAGCCUUCAGUGCGCCUAUCCUUCGUCGUUGCUCAAAUUACGAGUUCUGCAAUAUCUCAGAGCACGCGCCUACUCGAUCCAAUACGCCAUCAGAUCAACUCAUUGCGCCGGCUUUCCUCACGCUCAAGCGGGCUCAGCGUACCUUCUUAAAGUUCCUCUCCCUUAUCUUAACAUGCGACGCGGCAGAUGGACCCGUAGGCAACGCAAAUCCUCCGCUGGAACCAGGGUAUCCACUCUCAGACGUGGCGACAGAACUGAGAAAAUACACCUGCGCUGUUCAGGUACCCUUGUCCGAUCUUCUGGCUGAAGACGUGGACAUUCAGAGUCUUGAAUAUGGCUCAGAUGCCUUCGAGAUGGUCGUUGACCCUACCGAACUGGACCCCCACAAUCAGCGACUACGGACGGAACGGGCGGACGAUAUCAGCAAUUGCAUAUCGAAGAUACGUCGCAGCACUGUUGUGCCAAUUCUCUACCACGUAUUGCCUUCAGCAUCGAAAGACUACAGUCGAGGAUCAUAUCUCGAGCAUGUACGCCACGGUCUACGGAUGGCGCCUGAGUUCAUAUCCAUGGAUUUGUCCAUUGGUGCAGAAACGGUGGCUGAGCUCAUUGCAUCUCGAGGCAAAUCGAAGAUCAUCGGGCAUGUCCACGCAGACAAGAGCUGGGACCACCGUUCCUGGAGCAACUACUACGAAACUGCGGUGCGACUCGGCUGCGAUGUUGUGCGGUUCACGCGUCCAGCGAAAUCUGUCGACGACGAUGCUUCUGUGCAUCAUCUAAGAUCUAAGAUUCACGCCAGGAACAGCACCGUUCCACUGAUAUGCCACAACACAGGACGAGCGGGACGUCGUUCAACAUGCUUCAACAAGCAUCUCACAUCCGUCAUACCAGAAUCUGUACGAGACAAGCCUGAUUUUGCAGCAAGAUGCGAACAUAAUCCUGAGACUUCCUGGCUCACUGCACGAGAAGUCACGACAGCUCUCUACUCGACUUUCACUUUCGACUUGAUGAAGAUCCACCUAAUUGGUGCAAGGACCCAAUACAGCUUAUCGCCAGCUAUGCACAAUGCUGGCUACGCGGCUUGCGGCAUGCCCCAUCAAUUCAAGUGCGUUCAAACCUCGACUCUGAAGAGUUUGCAAGAGUUUGUGCACGACCCGAACUUUGGUGGAUGCAUUGUUAUACAGCCGUUCAAGAUUGAGGUCAUUUCGCUUGCAGACUCUCUCAGCCAGCACGCUCGAGCUAUUGGCGCUGUCAACACUCUGAUUCCUAUUCGUCACCUCAACGGCGACGGUAGUGUUCCCGGCGAUCUGGAACUCUUUCAAGAGCGCUGUCAAUCAGGCUCUGUGCAAGCACUUCACGGGGACAAUACUGAAUGGAUCGGCAUCCGAUCAUGUAUACGAAGAGGAUUGUCACCCGCAAACGCUGUACGACCUACAACGUGCGCUUUAGUGGUUGGCGCAGGUGGCAUGGCCAGAAGUUCCGUGUACGCGCUUUUACAAUUGGGGGUGAAGAACAUCGUUGUGUUCAACAGAACAUUGGAGAAGGCGGAAGACCUAGUCGUCCACUUUACUCGACUUGUUUCGUCUUCGGCUGGAGCCAGCUUAGUACCAUCAGCCACCGUCCAGGGCUCCCGACCGAUGUUUCACACGAUGAAGUCUCGCGACGAUCCUUGGCCGGAGGGUUUCCGCCAGCCAACGAUUAUACUCUCGUGUAUUCCCGCUGAUCCAAUAGAUGACAACCCAGCACCACACUUCACGCUGCCAGAGCAGUGGCUGAAGAGUCCAACAGGAGGCGUGGUGAUGGAGCUUGCAUACAGAACGCUCAACACCCCAUUGAUGAACCAGAUACGGGAGGAGCCUUCAAGGUUAUGGACGUUCAUGGACGGACUGGAUUGGCUGCCAGAGCAGGCAUUUGCACAGUUCGAGUUGUUCACAGGGAAACGAGCACCACGUCGAAUCAUGCGAGAGGUAGUAUUGCAGGCUUGGAGGGACGAGCAUGGCAACGCCGACCCCGAGAUGGUUGAGAGGAGGAUGAAAGCAAUUGAUGACCAAGAGCCGUGA